AUGGAAGAUUGCUGCGAUCUCCAGUUGCGCUUAGGCAAAAGCUCUUCCACGUUCAAUCUAGAGAAGGCGGUGUGCAACCAUGGAUUCUUCAUGAUGGCUCCGAACCGUUGGAUUCCUUCCACCAAGACGUUACGACGGCCUCUCCGUCUUGCGGAUUCGUCGUCCUCCGUUGAGGUGUCUAUCUCGCAGCCUCCCGGUCCCAGCAGCAGCACAUUGUUGCUCAUCCGAGUUCAUCGCGCUCGACGCCUCUCCUCCCAAGACCAGCAAGCGAUUUUUCACAACUUGAAGAUGAAGAUGAUCAUUAUUGAAGGCUCUAAGAGAAAGAAACGAAGACGAGAGAAGGAUGGAGCAAACCCGGUUCCCGCGGAGAUGGAAGGCGAAGAGGUUGACCUCGGCAACUUUCCGAGCCCCAAGGAACUUGCUACCCUCGACGUGGACUACUUGCAGAGCAAGUGCAAACUCGGGUACCGGACCAACUACAUUCUCAAGCUUGCCAUGGAGAUAGAGGAGGGGAAGCUCAAUAUCGACAGAUACCAGGGAGUGCAGGAUGCUGCAUCAUGCAGGAUAUUGAUCAAGGGCAUAAGCGGGGUCGGAUCUUUCGUGCGGGCUACCGUUUUGAUGUGCCUCGGCUUUUAUGAUGAGGUUCCGUGGGAUAGCGAAACAAUCAAGUUUUUGAAACAUGUACAUGCAAGGGAAAGAUGCACCAAAAAGACCAUUAAGGGCGACCUUAAGGAGAUUUAUGAUAAAUAUGCACCCUUCCAAUGUUUGGCUUAUUGGUUGGAGCUGUUGGAGUUUUACGAGAGGCAGUUUGGGAAGCUGAGCGAAUUGUCGCACACCAUGUAUCACACAGUUGCUAGUAGACAAACUAGAGAAUCCAACCACAAUCAAGUGUUGUGA